GCUGCUUGAUGAACCAAAAACUGUCACCAGCAUAGACAAGAAAUCACCAAAAGCUGGAUCCUCUCCUCCAGUCAAACAGCUGCUUGAUGAACCAGAGACUGUCACCACAAUAAAUACUGAGCAUAGACAACUUUUCAGUGUUAUCUGUCCGAGUGUUGAAGAAAUCUGGACGAGAGGAAAUAACAACACAAUGAAACUCUACAGUAACAAUCAGGGAUCACUACUCAAAUCAAUCACAACCAAGUCAGGGAACAGGCCAGAGGACAUAGCAGUGAUAGAAAAGAGAGAUUUAAUUUAUACAGAUUGCAAAGUUAAAACAGUGAACGUGGUGAAGGAUGAGAAAAUAGAAGAGGUGAUCAGACUACAGAACUGGGAACCUCAAGGUGUCUGUAGUACCUCUUCCGGUGACCUCCUGGUUAUCAUGCACAGUAAAGAUAAGAUACAAACAAAAGUUGUUCGUUACUUCGGGUCCUCAAAGAAACAAACCAUUCUGUUUGAUGAUCAAGGUAAACCACUUUAUUCUUCAGCAACGAUUUUAUUCAUAUUUGAUAAAUACUGGUACGUAACUGAGAACAGGAACCUGGAUAUCUGUGUGUCUGACUGUGGAGCUAAAGCAGUAGUGGUGGUCACUCAAGCCGGGAAACUGAGAUUCAGGUACACUGGACAAACUCGUGCUCCAAAGAAAAAAAAAUUAAGCCACGGGGAAUCACCACAGACAGUCAGAGUCACAUCCUUACAACUUAUAUUAACAAUCACUGUGUCCACAUCAUAG